CCCACCACCCAAGAUGAUCAUCCCUGUGGUGGAUUUUAGCGUCUACAACCUGAGCAAGAAAGAUGCCACCGGCGAGGAGCUGCAGAGUCUCAGCCAGGAGCUGAAAACCGCAUUUUCUCAAGUCGGGUUCGUUUUUCUUAAAAACUCUGGGAUUUCGCAAGAGGAGGUGGAGCGUGUCAUGGAGUCAUCGAAGAGGUUUUUCCUGCAGCCAGAAGAGCUGAAGAAGCGAUUCAGCAGGAAGAGCUUCCCAAACAACCCCAACCACGGCUGGGUGUCCAUGGAAGCCGAGAGGUUGAAUCCCAGCCAGCCUGGAGACCUAAAGGAGGCAUUUAACGUGGCAUCAUUUCACCCCGACAUAAAAUGGCCGUUGUCAGACGCCGUGAGGGAUUUCCGAGAGAUCCACACAGCGUUCUUCCAGCGCUGCAAAGAGCUGAGUCUGCGGGUGCUGAGGGUGAUGGCCCAGAGCCUGAGUCUAGACCCAGACGUAUUCCUAAAUGCGCAUCAAUUCAUAGGAACCGAUGAGAACGGCACAACGCUGCGUUCUCUCUACUACCCUCCACUGAAGAGUGAGACGGCGAAGGAAGGUCAGCUGCGAUGUGGGGAACAUUCCGACUACGGAAGCAUCACUCUGCUUUUCCAGGGCUCUGAGGGUCUGCAGGUUUGCACGCGUUCAGGUGAAUACAUCUCGACUCCUAAUAUCCCUGGAACCGUCCUGGUCAACGUCGCUGACCUGAUGCAGCGCUGGACGAGUGAUCAGCUACUGUCUGUGCGUCAUCGGGUUUUGCUGCCCCCUGUUGGAGACUCCAGCACUCGCCAGUCUUUGGCUUACUUCGUCCAGCCGGACAACGAGGCCCUAAUCACCUGCUGCGACGGCUCAAACAAAUAUCCUCCCGUCACCGGAGGCGACUACCUUUUACAGCGCUUCAGCGAGUCAUACGGAAAGAACUGAAGAAAAGACGCUUACCACUCUGCUCAAACAUUGCACAGAUGGCAAACCUCUUCAUUACGUCAUACACAGAGAUGGUUUUUACAGGUUUCACCAACUCGGUUAAGACGUUUUAAAAUAAUUAUGAAUAGAAUUUUUUAUAUAUAUACAGACAUGUACAAAUUUCGUCCAGCCAACUGGCAAUAAAUAAAUACUACUUACCCAUGCCAUAAUAUGAUGAGAGACGCUAAAAAGCUAGCCAGCUAGCAAGGGCACAUCAGCAGCUAGUUAGCAGUAGCCUCAACAGUCUCGAGACACAGAACGCAACGAAGAUGUCCGAGUGCGACUCAAACUUUUGCCUGACAGAAAAAUCCCCCAUUGAAAAAAAAUAAA